GCGUCAUAAAUACGUCAAUAAACUCUCAUUCACUGACGACCAGGUACCACGAUAGCCGCCAUAUUCGCAUCCAUGGCAGGGUAGCGGUGCUAUCGGCGAGCGUAUGGUCCAGUCAUCAACAUCGGCUAAUCCCCGCACCGGCCCCCCGAUCCCACACUGAUAGCGGGCGGCGGCCACGCAACUUGUGUCUGAUCAUCACAGCAGAAUAGCCGGACUUCCACUGACGGGAAGACAUGCAACGUGGAGCGGAGGUUUAGGUUGACUACGAUGCCGUAGAUUUAGACAGGAAUCCUGGCACAAGAUGGAGGUAAACAGCGUAAGUAGUGAGGUGAGUUGAUAAAUGUGCGUGUCGCGUUAUUAUUCAGGUGUGUUGUUGUGGUUUUAUCUGUCCCGUUAACUUAGCCUGUCUUAAAAAGCUGCGUGGUGCUUAAAUUCGCGUCACGACCCGCAGCGCACCGUGAUGCAUGCUAACCCGCUAGCUCAUGCUAACAGCUGGUUAGAUGUUUAUUUUUGUUGCACAGCCCGGGUUUACGAGUUUUUAAGCCUUUCAUCCGACAUUUCCCCUCCGCUUAUUGUUCCACGUAGCGGGCAAAAAAUUCCUCCACAGAAACACGACCUCACCCUAGCCUUUGUUGUUAUUUACACUUCUCAAGUGGAGUUUGCCUCAUAGCUAGCUUAGCGCAUGUAGCAUUAGCGUGUAGCUCGCCUGCUAGCUGACAGAUGCAGGUUUGCAACUUGGACACAAGUUUUUCCUCCACUUUCACCGCUUCAAAGACUUACAGUUUAUCCUAAGUGUUUAUUUUGUCGGCAGCAUUGUAAUAUGUCCAAAGUGAAACUCUCAGGGUAUUACUCGCUCGGACCCGGGGAUGGCUUGUCAGUGGCACAAGUGAACUAGUGAUGUAGUUCACAGAUAUAUCUUGUGUUUUCUGGGCUAUACAGUGAUUAAUAAUAUACUUGAAUAAGAUUACAGGAGCUCCGAUAAUCAAUUAUCUGCAUUAGCAUCAUAAAGUUGUCAGCCGCAUGAUUAUAAUGACGUUUCAACCUUGUAUAAAUGACAAACACACUUAAAGUCAGUUUUGGGUUGAAAAUAGUGAAACAAUUUAAAGGUGUAGAAAAUACUGUACUGUUUUAACUGUGAAAUAGUUUGCCUGUGUUUGGCCUCCUUAUGGCAUGUUUUUCGUGUGCAGCUACCCCAAACUGACAUCUUAAACCUCCACAUCUCUGGGAUUCUUUGGAGUCUUUCACACCUACAGUACAAACUGUCUGUCUAACCGAGGAAACCAAUGACUGUAUAUACAGUUCAUGGUGGAGAGGGAGAAAAAGAAAACCUUUGCAACACACACUUGUCACCAAGCCUGCUUUUUUUUUGUAAAAGUAAACUCCUGUGAUCAGUUCGAGGGCAUAUGCCAAGCUGUUGCAGCACCAAGUGUAAUGUAGGUUACAUGGAAAUAUUGAAUAAUUGAUGAAUUUAUAUGCCCCAAAUACUUGUGCUUUAGAAAGUUUUUCAUAUUUCUGCUCCAAAGAACCACUUUGAACAACUGCACACUUGAUUCUGCCUUCUUGUAAACUGCCAAUAGAACUUAAAUAAGGUGUAGGAGCACAAUGAAGGACAGCCACUUGAACAGGGCUAGUGGGUAUACUUGACGUUAACCUGAUCUUGUGUUAGUUUCUAACUAUGAGGGUGAUCUUUUAUGUCCGUUCGAGAGAUUGUGAAGUGAUAUUAUACAUGACUGUCAGACAUCUUUUUAAAUGGCUGAAAAAGACUUGCCUAGUUGCGCUGCAAGUGUAGGCUGCACUCUGUUACAAGCUGAGAUGAGCCACAGCAAAGGUGGGAGUGAAAAUGUAUGUGUGAAUUAUGACACAAGCACUGCCCUGGCUUCAGCAAGCUCGGAUGUUCGACUUCAGAGAUGCAGCAGAGCUUGCAUUUUGACAUAAAAUGUUGUUAGAUAUUUCCUUGAAGUGUAAAUCUGAACUGAUUUAAGUGUUUAUGUUGUUUAUGUUAUUCCUAAGUGCUAAGAUAUCAGGAAGGUGUUUGCUGGCCUCAGUUCUGAGGAUGUAUGUGAGUGUAUGUUGGUGGCUCCACCCACUGAGUGGGUUUGCGUAGCGCUAUGACUCAUCCCCCCUCUUCAGAGGCUUGAUGGAAUUCAACACACAAACACACUGGACUGAAUACAUCAUGCAGGCAGAGCUUCAGCACAGAACUGAAAUAUGUAGACCUGGAUAAUGUUAUUGCGGUCAGUUUCUUUUGUUUGUCUAAUUUACUUGCAGAUGCUGCAGCAUCCGUUAUCAUUGCUGACAAAGAAUAGGCUAUUAAAUAUUCGAAAGUGAGGCAUAGAAUUGGCUCUUUAAUGCAACUCUGUCUGAGGAAGGCUUGUUUUUUUUUUCUGUUCGAGCUUUUUGUUUUUAAGUGUCUUGUCAUCAUCAUCACCCUGAAGUCCUUAGUGAGCUAGACUGUCCUCAGGAGGCCGAAUGCUGACAGCAGCUCCAGCAAACAUCAGCCUCUCAGAGCCAGUCAGACAUGUUGUUUUUGCCCUGGCCAGGGAUUAAGCUAGAAUGCUAAUAAUGAGGGGCUUUAGAUGUACAGGAUGAGAGCUGGACAGCUGGACAGGCUUAAAGUAUGGACCCCAUACUGUUUGACAACAAAUAGACCUGCAGUUUGGAGAGUGAAACGGCACAGUUAUUGCAUGUGACUCAUUGAUUUCAUCUGUUGAAUCUUCCAUCAUACAUGUGGGCGUGCUGCAGCUGCAGUCACACUCUUGCUCAGCUGAAAGCAGAGCUGAACAAGCUUUGUAAAAGUCUUUGCUGUUUGCGACUCUCCUGAUGUUAUUUGUUUGUUUGCUGUAGGUCAAUGGGCAUCAGAUCAUGGACGAGCCUAUGGAGGAGGGAGAGUGUUUCUCACAUUGUGUAAGUAAUAGUGGGCCGGUGGUCUCCUCAGAGCAAGUGUGUGUAAGCCUGACAUACCUGCAGCAGUGUCAUUAACUGUCUCAUGCUGUUGCUGUUUGUGUAGGAUGAAGGGACCUACAAGGAGAUUCCCAUCACUCACCACGUGAAAGAAGGCUGUGAGAAAGCAGAUCCAUCUCAGUUUGAACUGCUGAAAGUCCUCGGUCAGGGCUCGUUUGGCAAGGUGAGGAAACAGCAGUCAAAUGUUGCUAUCAGUGCAAUUGUAGGCAGAUGUUCUUUUUCCAAAUGUCUCGUCGUGUUUUCUCUCAGGUAUUUCUUGUCAGGAAGAUCGUGGGUCCAGAUGCUGGUCAGUUAUAUGCAAUGAAAGUUUUAAAAAAGGCAUCAUUGAAAGGUAACGCAACUUAGAUAUCAAUUCAUGUUCCAAACAAAAAUGUCAAACAAAGCUCCCAGUAUGUCCUGUACUGAGGGUUGAAUUUCCUCGUCUCAUCAUCUCCUCCUGUUUGGUCUCUCCAGUCAGGGACAGAGUUCGCACUAAAAUGGAAAGAGACAUUUUAGUGGAAGUCAAUCAUCCCUUCAUAGUGAAGUUGCACUACGGUAAGAAAACUUAUUUGGAUAUUGACAGCAAUAUAGAGACAUGCAAUUAUGCAGCUCACAUCUACGCUUUCUAUGACUAAACUGCUUACAUUCUCUACAUAACUGGUCAAGAUAUUGUGAAUGUUCUUUCACAGUUAUUGAAGCUCUAUUUUUAAGGUCAAAUGUCAACAAUGCACAAAAAUGAGAUGAGAUAUUCCAUUAUCGGUCCCACAGGGGGAAAUUCCAAGAUUACAGCAGCAUAAAUACAAAUACAAAGGAGAAGUUAAAGGAUAGAGAAUCUUAGAGUAAAAAAAAAGAUAUAUUUUUUUAUUUAUUUAUUUUUUGGGGGGAUUGAUGUUGCUCCUGGGACAAGGGUGGGGGCAAUGGGUAUGGAUGUAAUGAGAUAAAGCAAAAAGAAAGAAAUAAAAAAGUUGAUCACAAAAAAAAGAUAUAUACUUGAGUUUUCUUUACUAUAUACAUGUGUACAGUAUAUACAUAUAAAUAUGGUUUAUUACUGAUUAAAAACAGGUCUUCAAGAUCACUUCAGUAUUGUUGUUAAUUUCAGGUUGCUAGUAAAUCACUACAUAUGUGGCUGUAUUUGCUAAUGUAAACCUUUGUUGUUCAAACACUGGAGUUUCUCCAUCUAACCAGCAUACAGAUGGCUGAAAAAUCACACAAUGUGCUUUUUUUCUUCUCGCCCAGCCUUUCAGACAGAAGGGAAACUGUAUUUAAUACUGGACUUUCUCAGGGGAGGGGAUGUAUUCACUCGCUUAUCCAAAGAGGUAAGCUGAUGUCAUUUUGCUUUUCACAUUUCACUCCACUUAAAGCAUUUUUGCAUCUUUUUAGACUCUAGCGUGUCCUUUUUUUUACUUGCAAACAUAAUGUAAUUUUAAACUCCCUUAUGUUUUAAACAUACUCGGAAAAUCCAAAUUACACUUGCCAUUAUGUUCUCUUAACAACCUGUCUGAAUUUUUUGGGUGACAACUACUAAUAGAACAGGUGGAAAUAAAGUAUGCAAACACUUUUUUUUUUUUUCCUUUUAUACGAGCAAGAGUAUCAUUAGCCGUCUACUCUGUAAGCUCUUCAUUUAAAUAAUGACUUGAAUUCCUCCUGGAAAUGUGAAAGCUUCUCUUGGAAUCAAUAUUCUCUUUUUAGAUCGUCAGUGCCUUGUCAGAUAGAGGCUCUGAUCAGCUCUUUUCAAAUGCUUUCAGGGAAUUCAACAAUGUGUGAUUGUUCUCUGCAUAGACCUUGUGUUGAAAGCAUGUCUCAGAACCAAAGCGAUAGCUGCUGGCAAUGUCAAAUCAACAGCUUGCUGAAUCAUAUAACCUAUUUGAAAUGUUGAUUUUGUGUCAGUAAUAAUACUCUGUUUUCUCUUUUGUGGUGGAGCUCAAUGUUGAAGUGUUAUUUUUGCUUUUUCUGCUGAAUUUCUCUCCUUUUCUGAGUUCAGAGAGUAAAUUUGUCCAGUUCUUAUCAGGUUAUGUUUACAGAGGAAGAUGUGAAAUUCUACCUUGCAGAGCUGGCCCUGGCCCUCGACCAUCUGCACAACCUGGGCAUAGUUUACAGAGAUCUCAAGCCAGAGAAGUACGAAUCCUAGACCUUUACUUUCACUUUGACCCUUUACCCUCUGACCCACAAAGAACUUACACAAAGCUCAAAAGUUAGCCUAUUUCUCUCCAAUUCAUCUGAAAUAUAUAAUCCAUAUAUUUUCAAUUUCACACUAAAACAUUAUUUUAUUAAUAAAUUAGUCACUCUUAACCUGCUCACUUUACUAACCUCUUCUCUUUUUGAUCAAAAUAUGGUAUUUAAUGACCAGUGCAGUUACCUUAGUCAGACAUCUGUAGUUCUCUUUAAAGCAUUAAAAUCAAACUAUGCUGAGAGGAAAUUUGUAAGACAACACACUGUAUGCAAAGAAAAAGGAGGUACAGAGAUUUGAUAUCAGAAUUGUGAGGUUGGUUGACAAGAUUUUAUGCUUUUAGUUUUUCUCAAAACAAAAAUACAUAAAUUGUUGAUUGUCAUGAAAAUCCAGUUUAAGGUAAAAGACACAUUUUUAAUAAACUGAAAAGUGUAGCACUAUCCACUUUUAAAUGUUGGAGUGUUUUUCUGUACUUGACACUGACCUUACUAUAAAAUGGAUUGACUCUUACCGUUAUUUCACUUUUCAGUAAAAUCGAGGUUCAUCUCAUGAUACUUUUUUUUCCCUCUUUCAGUAUCUUACUUGAUGAAGCUGGGCACAUUAAGUUAACAGGUAUGAUUUUGUUGAAUUACAUAUAAAUGUUUGACUCGUCUGUUUAAAAUGGUUGAAAAUAGUUUUUAAUUUGAGGGAUGAAAUAAAUAUUCUAACCCAGCCAUCCUCUGCUCUGUAUUUCUGUCUUGUAGACUUUGGCUUGAGUAAAGAGUCUGUAGAUGCUGAUAAGAAGGCUUAUUCCUUCUGUGGUACGGUGGAGUAUAUGGCCCCUGAGGUGGUCAACAGGAGAGGACACACACAGAGUGCGGACUGGUGGUCUCUGGGAGUACUUAUGGUAAAAAAAAAAGCCUGUGAUAUCCACUCAAUCACUCAUCAUUUGUGCUUUAUAGAAACAGAAAAUAUUGUGUAUUAUGUUUCAUGUCUUUCAUCGUGUGUUUGCAGUUUGAGAUGCUAACGGGGACGUUACCAUUCCAAGGGAAAGACCGAAAUGAAACUAUGAACAUGAUUCUCAAGUGAGUCACACCAUAUUUCAUCUCUAUUACUGUAGUUUUAAUUUAAAAAUCAAAACCACAUGUCAGAAAAACAAGUUUUUAAAUCACCAUUUUUUCCAUGUUUUUCUUCAUCGAUUGAAUAUUGGCUGUUCUAUCAAACACAGAAACAGUCACCAGAAUAUAAAUGUGUUGCUGAUUUGGAGGUAGUUUUGGCCUCCAGAGGAAAACGAUAUGCUGGAACUCUUAAGCAGUGAAUAUCCCACAUUUUGUUGAGAACAUCCCUAAUUUUUUCAGUUCUUUUUUAUUUUUUUUUAUUUUUUAUGAACUGUAGUCAUGCCUGGAUUCGGCCUCUAAACAUUUUUGGAUUGCUCUAGGUCAAGUUCUUGUCCAAAUGGUCCAAAACCAGACUGACCUUGAGCAUUAUUUUGUACACAUCACAGUGAAGCAGAAACUUGUUCCUAUUCAAUUUUCCUCUGAUUCAUUGAUACAAAUAACAAGUUAGAGGGAAAAAAUCCUUCAAAAUAAGCUCGAUUUGCUAAGGAGAUUUGUCCAGCCUGACAGAAUGAAAGUUUAUCCAAUAGCAGAGACCAUCUUCUGACCAUCUGACUUUACAGAAUAAAGCUUUUGUGUCUGUGAUCUUAAACUCUUCAACAGUUCACUGUAACUUUUUGUCUCUGUUCACCUCUCACUCUGCUCUUCUCUGCCCCUCAGAGCUAAGUUGGGAAUGCCUCAGUUCCUCAGUUUGGAGGCCCAGAGUUUGCUGAGAAUGCUGUUUAAACGUAAUCCUGCUAACAGGCUAGGUAAGGUGUAUCAGUGGAUCUGAUAGAAUAAUGGACAACAAGGUGUGUUGAACCUCGCCAAGGGGUCGCUUGCUAAGCUUUUUGGUAUCCACUUAAAUCACGAGCUUAAAACCACAGAGGGAAAAAUGAGAGAGCAUGUUGUCGCUUUGAAAACAAUGUAACCAAACGUGCCAGGUUGACUGAACCAGGGUGAUCUGUGUCUUUAGGUGCCGGGCCUGAUGGAGUGGAGGAGAUCAAACGCCACGCGUUCUUUUCCACCAUCGACUGGAAUGUGAGCUCAUACACACGCACACACACACACACACACACACACACACGCCUCCAUCUCUCAUAGAGCCCCACAUACACACUCAUAUAACUCUGCAGCUUCUGUUAAGGAUUCACACCUACCAAACGGUUGGCUUGGUGACUACCGGCCAUCAGUCCACGCCAACUAUGUUUGUGUGUGUGUGUGUUUGUGUCUGGGCAGAGGGCCAGUUCUCACUGUGUGUGCACUAAUAGCCCUGUGUGAGUGUUUAACAGCCAGCAUGAUGCUAUUGGCUGGACUGGGCUAUAGAGGGAUGGGAAGGGGUUCAUCUGGGAGGGGUCUUGGCUUCUCUUUCACAUAUGCUCACACAAUCCAAGCAGCCUGCAGUAGAGUUUAAUCUCUAACAUGUACGUGUGUCUUCCUGCACGUGUGCACCUGUGUGUCCCUCAGAAACUGUUCAGGAGAGAGCUGCAGCCCCCAUUCAAGCCUGCAGCAGGUAAACCAGAUGACACGUUCUGCUUUGACCCUGAGUUCACCGCUAAAACGCCGAAAGGUAAAUCAACACCUACACACACACUCUAAGACACACACACACACACACACACUUGCAAAAACACAAAUUCUUCUCUCAUGCUUUUGAUCUCAAAAACAACAGCCAAUCCUGCAGCCAUGGAAACUGCGACCGAGCGCUGACUACGAAAUAUCACCAAAUUUCAAUGGGUGCUUUAUACAUUCAGGUUUCUGUUUUAUUAAUGAUCUUUGUUUAUUUAGACUCUCCAGGUAUUCCUCCCAGUGCAAACGCCCACCAGCUCUUCAAAGGCUUCAGCUUCGUCGCUCCCACCCCUAUGGAUGAGAACAAGAGCUCCCCGCUGCUCAGCAUACUCCCUAUUGUGCAGGUAAACUCACAUCCUCCCUACUGCCUGUUUGCACUCAGCCCUGAUGUACACAGGUUAAUCAUUCUAUAUCAGCUUCUGGUCCAUCAUUUACUCUUUAACUUGUCUAUCACUAACACUCAGAGAACAUGUGCAUUCACCUCAGAGACUUAGCUUUUCCAACACAUUACCAAUGACUCGACCUUACAGCCUUCCUAAUGAGCAUUACACAGAUUUAACCUUGAGGCGGCUAUUGUCCUGAAGAAAGCUUGUUUACAUUGUUAAAGAAUUAGAGUUGCCAUCAACACACCUGUCAGCGUUGCUGAAUAGUCAUAACCACACAUGAGUCAACAGACUCACUAGAAAACAUUUUGUUUGGCUCUGCAAGCCUUCUGUUUAAUUUGACAACAUUCGCCUCCUAGUUAUGAAUUUACUACUGCACAAAAUCAAAAAUGAUUUAUGAAGUGUGACAAAAAUCUAUUAAUCGCUGAAGUAAAAUUAAAACUGGACUUUUAAAUACAUGUAAACAUAUGAGUCAAACUGAAACGCAGUUACAUUAAAGUUGGACUGACACACCUGAGUAAUACAACUGAGUAGCUCCUGAAUAUCUGUUUUGGUAUCGAGGACCCCCCACUCCCACUCCCACUCCCCGACUCAGAAACUGUCAGUUGAACCACACAUUUCCAUUAAGAGAUGUGAAAAUUGGCAACCACAACUACAAUGGCCUUACAACAAUGGCUGUGACAGUUUCACAGCUGAGUAUGUAAUAACUAGCUAGAGUUCCACUUUGUGUGGCUUAUGUGUGAACCUAACUGUUGAAACUAAUGCUGUGGGAGCACAUAUCACCAUCACAGCCUGGACUACUCACGUUGUUGUUUUGUAUGAACUGACAGUGCAUGCUGUGACAUUGUUGUGGACCAUGAGCCGUCUCUUCAAUCAUGAGUGCUUAGCCGGUACUGGAGCACAUCUAAAUUGAAUCAGUAAAUGUUGUUGAAAACUAUUCGAAAUCUUGAUCCUUUCAGAUGCACGGCGGCUCGGCCAAGUUCUCCGACCUGUACGAGCUGCAGGAGGACAUAGGGGUCGGCUCCUAUUCCAUUUGUAAACGCUGUGUACACCGAGUCUCUGCAAUGGACUAUGCUGUGAAGGUACUUCAAAAACCACUCUGCACAGUGUUCACUUUCUGUAACUGAGCUAUCAUGCAGGUACUCACACCUCUUUAGAGUCUUUACCCAGAGUUACACAUCAGAGUUAAAUGUUUGUUACCACUGAGCAUCCUUAUAUGGGGGUGGAAGGAUGAAGGAUUCCUUGAGGGGUGUUAGAGUAGCAAACGAAGGACGUGGGUGUACUUUUCAUUGAUAACUACAUCAGAGCUGACCUUUCACUUAGAAUUGUGCUUCUCUAUCAUCGCCUCUGCUAAGACACCUUUAAUGCUGAAUAUUUAUAAGUGCAUUCUGGCUGUGUCUUUAUUACAACCUUUAUAUAAAGUCAGUGCUCCACCUGUUCAGUACUCCUGUGUAUAUAUUUUUUUCUCACCCUGACUGUAUUUUAUUAAGCCAGUUUGACUCUGUGAGUGGGCAGCUUUAAAAAAAAAAAAGUGUUCUUACUAUAUAAAAGUGGAUGACUAAAUAUUAGGUGUCAGAAUAUUGGUCAUCAGUGUUUGAAAAGUGAGUAGGCAUGUUAACUGUACGCAGUGUUGCAAACAGACCAGCAGAGGGCAGCACAGCUUCACAACUGAAGCCAUGCUGCAGUAACUCUUAUGGACUAAAGUAGUAUAGGAAUUUUCCCAUUUAGGAUAUACAAGCUCAAACUGAAGGAGAUGUCAUAUUUCUGACUCUGCUAGUACACUCUUUGAUUCGAUCUGCUGAAACCUGUUUUUAUAUUUUUCAGAUUAUAGACAAAAUAAAGAGGGACCCCUCCGAAGAGAUUGAAAUCCUGAUGCGAUACGGACAGCACCCAAACAUCAUCACUUUGAAAGACGUCAGUAUCAUUCUGUGUAAGAGUUUCUUGAAGUCUUUUAGAGUUGAUUUUAGAGCUCCACACUAACAUGUGCUCUGUGUGUUUGUGUGCGUGUGUGCAGGUCUAUGAUGAGGGCAGGUAUGUAUAUCUGGUGACGGAGCUGAUGAAGGGAGGGGAGCUGCUGGACAAGAUCCUACGGCAGAAGUUUUUUUCAGAGAGAGAGGCCAGUGCUGUGCUCUACACCAUUACCAAGACUGUUGACUACCUCCACUGCCAAGGGGUGAGGACCCCCUUCUCUGUCUAUGAGCAUGAGGGGAAAAUUCAACUCUUUAUAAUGUUUUCUCCUCCAUCCCUGUUCCCUCCCUGCUCAGGUGGUACACCGAGACCUGAAGCCCAGUAACAUCCUCUAUAUGGAUGACUCUGGAAAUCCUGACUCCAUCAGGAUCUGUGACUUUGGAUUCGCAAAGCAGCUCCGGGGAGGCAAUGGCCUGCUCCUCACCCCCUGUUACACCGCCAACUUUGUGGCACCAGAGGUAAGAGGAGGAAACUUUGAAGGCAAAAAAAGGACAAUAGCUGGAGGGAAAUCUGCAGCAGACUGUGAGAACUCUGUCAGUGUGAGGCUCUAAUAGUCUGACUGUCAUUGAUUUUGUCAUUCCAGGUACUAAUGCGGCAAGGUUAUGAUGCAGCUUGUGAUAUAUGGAGUCUUGGAGUUUUACUGUAUACCAUGCUGGCAGGGUAAGGCCUCACCCAUGCACAACUGAGAACUUCAAUGUCUUGCAAAGAUAGAUGAUGUCUUAGUAUGAAUAUUGAGUGUGACUAAAGCUCAAUUUUAGAGCAGCAGAUUAAACUGUGAACUCAGAAGUCUUAAGAUCACACUCCACUUUUAUUCCCCACUUUGUCUUGGGCGACAGGUUAAUAUUUUUGUGAAAUGAAAUGUGUGAAGUACAAUCACGGCUUUUUGCCUACCUCUGUUCAGGUACACACCGUUUGCCAACGGGCCUAACGACACACCAGAAGAGAUUCUACUACGGAUAGGUUCUGGGAAGUUUUCUUUGACAGGAGGAAACUGGGAUACUGUAUCAGACAGCUCAAAGGUACACUGAUGGAAACUUUGCACUGUAUACUCACACCUCCAUCUCCAAUGUUUGAGACCCAUUGUGUGUUCAUGUAUUAUUGAAAUCCACUGACACCUGAAAGUGAGCAAAAAUUGAACCGUAGGAUUUAAGUUCAAAGUAAGAAAAAAACUUAUAAAUUGCUUUUUUUUUAAACAAGUUUUGAGACAUAUAUAUUUUUUUACAUAUGUAGGACCUGCUGUCCCAUAUGCUCCAUGUGGACCCUCACCAGCGAUACACAGCAGAACAGGUUCUAAAGCAUUCCUGGAUCACCUGCAGAGAUACUCUACCACACUUCCAGCUCACACGCCAUGACGCACCGCAUCUCGUCAAGGUGAGAAUGAAUCCCAGUGAAUACCGCAGACGCAGGAUCAUCUGAGCAGAAACAGUCCUCUUCAGAGACGUAGAAAUUAAAUGUGUAGAAAUAGUUUGUUAGACUCCCAGAAUAGAAGCUGCACAGAGCUGAAGUAGGAUAAUAUUUUAGUAUAGCUCAUGUUGGCCUUAUCAGAAAUGACACUCAAGUGUUUCUAAACAUGGUACCCAGCGUCUCUCUUUUCCUCUUUACUCUCCUACAUGAAGUCAUCCUCUUUGCAAGGCGUGCGCCUCUUGAAAUAUCAAAGGGGGCCCGAUCCUCUGUGAUUCACACACUUCUAAUCUCAUCUAUUACUAAUACCAGAUCCAACAGAGCAGAUGUGCCCACUCUCUAUCAUGUUGGGUACAGAUGCUUCUUCUAAAUGUGGCUCAUCUGGUAGUUUUUCAGCACCAGCAGUGUUUUUUCAUCUUUUUUUAUCUUGUACUGUGUGUACAGUUGGACCAGACGAACAUAAAGAGUAGCAUAAACUAAUAGACAGAUGUGCUCCACAGGUGAAGUUAUUGGGAUUUUCUCAGUGUGAUUUUAAGGUAGAGAAAAUCAGGGCAGCUUGCUCGUCUUUCUCUAUUCAGACCCCUCAUGUCUCCCAGUACAGUUCUCCUGUCCUCUCUUUGUUAUGGUUUGGCUUCUCCAAGUCGGUUGUUUUUCAGCCUCUCACAGACAGAGGCUGACCUCAUCCCUACAGAGCGUCUGAACCACCUUAGUGGACUUCUCUUAAUCUCAGUGAGCUGUGGCUGUAUAUAGAAGCACUCAGAAGUAAACUCUUCACCCAGUCCUGUAGAGAGGCCAGCCACCCUGCGCAGGGAUCCUCUUCUGUCUGUGAUGUUUUUCUUUUAGUUACAUCCCAAACCCUGUGAUCACGGGAACAAAGAUCAACAGUAAAUUUAGAGGUUUGCUUCACAGCUUAGCUCUCUCUUCAACACUUUAUCAACAGACAAUCUCAAAGUCUUUUUCUUGUUUAACAGAUGACCUUAAAAAAAACCAUCGCCGGUGCCAUCACUCCUCAGCGCACAUGUUCAGCAGACAAGGCAAACACACUUUUGGUUGAGAUGAAACGAUUGUCAGUCACGGGAAUAGAAAUAGGGAAUAUUUUAUUUAAAUUUUCACACAAAAAAAAGCACAAAUUUAAAAAGAUCUUGCCUGAGCUAGCAGUUUUUGUCACAUUUUUCACACAGUGAAGAUCCCGUCUGACUCCUGUUAUUUCUGUGGCCUGUGAGCACCAGGAGCACAAACAGGGUCUUGGUCAAGUCUGUAAAGCAGAUUUAACACAUGAGGUGUGACACAGCACAUUAUCUAGAGACAGGAUGACAAUGAAGGGAUGCACCUGCUCAGUAAACCCUCAGUUCUGACAUCCAGGUACAGCUCCGAUAACAGGUGUGCUGUAGGCUGGGAGAAGAAUAUCGUCUUUGUAAACACCCUGUAGCUUUACCGUCGAGUCAGAAAUCCAGUUGAGUAAAUCCAUACUGCUCUCGGUGCUACUUUAUUUGUGUAAGUGGUGAUCAUGCAUCGUUGCUCAGCUCUUUGCUCUGAAUACUUUUUGUGCUGACUGUUCAGCCUGUUAUUCCUCAUUUAUCGCACCAAAUACCCGUUAAAUGUGCUACUCCAAAAAAUUCCUGUUUGGAUUGAUUUUUAGGAAAUCUUGAAGAAAACAAAAAGUGGAAGAGACAACAGGAGAGGUUACCAAGGAAGGCGUUUUUUUUUUUUUAAUGCCUUUACUAAGCAAGGAUGGGACAGCGGAUAGAGCAGGAAACCAGGAGAGAGGGUGAGGGUGGGAAGUUACAUGCAGGAAAGGAGCCACAGGUUGGAAAUGAACCAGGACUACCUGCUUCAGAGCUAUUGUCUCCAAACUUUGACUCUGUGACCCAUCCACAAGGCCAAAGAAGUGCGCUCUAAAAAAAACUGUGAAUGAUGUAGAAUGUAUUGGUGUAAAUGAGAGUGAUAGCCCUGUAAUUUUAACAAUAUAUCCAUUGAUUCACUAAAGCACCGACCCUAAACUUGUGCAACUGGGACAAAAAGACGUCCUACACAUUAAGUAUGCACCUAAGGUCAAAUAUAUAUAUACACACUGCACCACAAAGCAAUUAACAUCUCUGUGUACCAGUGUUGUUUGCUUACAUUUACAUGAGCUAUAAGCAUUGAAGGGAAAUAUGCUCCUUAAACGCAGAUAAACCUCACUGCAGAGAACACCAAACUGUAAACUGGCAUAAAUGGCCUUGUGUUGUUGGGAAAUGUUUACCUCCUGCUGAGCAGUGGUUACUGCUCUGCAGUAUUUAGAGGCAUCAGCACACUUAAACCUGACACUGAUCAGAACAAUGAUCAAAACUCUUAAAAAAUCUGCACAUAAAGUUAGCUAAUUUAAACUCGAUGUUACGUGAUUAAUAAUCCAGUGUUAAAUCAGUUUGAAGCUUUACCCAUACAGUCUUCAUAAUCUCAUACUACAUCAUAUUAUCGGUUUGAUAAUGAGAGUGCACCACACAGCUCUGCACAGCAGGUAGUGGAGAUACUGAUGGUUCAUCUCCACAGUCAGAUGCAGGACUUGAGUGAAAUGUGCAGAGCUGCAGAACUUUGUGAGCACUGUUGCACUUGAAUAUCAUUAACCCAGAAUGCGCUGUGAAUUUGAUCUAGAUAGUCGGGGUAAAUGACUCUUCCAGUUGCAGAAAGGGAUCAGAUGACCGAAGAACAUGCUUCAGGGUUGAUUUAUUACCUCAGUGAACAUUACCUUUAUGAAUGUAUGGUCUCAUUUACUCAAUAUAUAUCGUCAUCCCAAUAUGAUCCAUUAGUUAGAUUUUCUUUGACAUAAAUUAUUACCUUAUUGAGAGGGGAAAAUGGUUAAACCUUCUUCUACUGCAACCAAAGAGCUUCAAAUUCCAAGUUUGUGCUGGAUGAACAGCUUCACACUCAGAUUAAAAUUAGAUAACAAACUGAUGGCUCUUUCCCACUGGUUUAGAUCACCUCUUUUAUACAGUUAGUGGUAACCAGGGUAUCGGGUUGAGGCCCAUGUGAUGUUUUAUAACUGAGCUAAUCAUUAUGGUACAAUGAGCUUCAUAUACAGUAUAUGAUUUGUUUUGUGGUGUGACAUUAGCUGACUGACUUUGUAGUCUGUUUGGCAGCUUAAGGGGCUCAGAAACAGCAGCAGAGAGGUAAUGAAAUCAGGACUCGGCUUUCAACUGAGUGUUUAUGUUGUUUUCCAGGGAGCCAUGGCUGCCACAUACUCAGCACUGAGCCAGAAGACGAGUCAACCUGUGUUGGAGCCUGUGGCAGCGUCCAGUCUAGCUCAGAGACGCAGCAUGAAGAAACUCACCUCAACAGACAUGUAGACAUAUACACACACACACACUCACACACACCGCCACCCUUCCAGUUUUAACCUCACUCUCAGUCGGACUCCAACACAAACACAGAUUCAGGCACACACAUCGACUUAAGUCCCGGCCAGUCAGACCUACUGUCUCCUUUUUUUAAUCUAUUUAUUUGACGUACCCAACAUAUGCACACGUACACACAUACAUGCACUCUCACACUGGAUGAGGCUGCAUUGUGAAGAAGUCAGCUGAAGAGGAAGAGGGGAAACUCACAUAUCGGUUACUGCUGGGGAGACAGACUUGUAUUUAUUUCCACAGCUUUCAUAUGCACUUGCCCUCCUCGCCUUUCAUUCUUUCUUCCUCGUGUGGGGAAGAAACGCACCAGCUGAUGUUCUCCUUCACUGUGAUUGGCUGAUUCAAAGCUGCUUCGGUAAACUGUGCCCCACUCCCCACUGCUCUUCAUCUGCGCCCUGCCAUCCUCCUCUUCCUCAGUUCUCUCUCCUUACCUUGUUUGCUUUUGCUCUCUUAACUUGUUUUCUUCAAAGUGAAGUGGUUUAUGUGUGAGAGUGCUGGCAGGAUGAUCAAGACUGAGGGGCUCUGCUGGACUGUUUCGUCUGUAACAGUGAAGAGAAAUGCUUCUGCUUGUGGCAGAUUAAGGAAGUCCCCGUGUGUCACAAUCAUCUGCCAGCACUUUUGGAAACAUAAAUGCAUGUUUGGACCGAGCCUGUUAUUUCUUUUCCUUCAAAUUUCACCAUCUGACUCAUGUUAUUCUGUGAUGCUAACAAUGUACGGAAAGAGGUUAAAUAAGCUGCCAAUGGACUUAAUAAAAGAGUUUGAAGGUGAAACUAUGUGGUAACAAUAACAGAAAUUCUAGUUUGCAAAAAAAAAAUAUAUGAAAAUAUAAAAUGAAGAUGAAAAAGAUGAAGAGCAUGUGGGGGAGCUGAAUGGAUUUCUCUGGGGGGGACGGGACGCACCCCGUCGAACCAGAGAGGCUGAAUUAAAAAAAAUUUCCAUGGAUAUCUCUUCAAAAAGACAUUGUGGAAAUUGUAUGAUAUUGUAUUUAUUUCAUUUGAUUUUUAAGAUUCUAUUUUUCUUUCAAGUUCUGUAUAUAUUGACAUUAAAGAUCAUUAUUGACAUGCA